AUGCCACUUGGGAGAGAAGUCAAGGAAGAGCAUCAGAUUGUCCAGAAACCAAAAGGUAGGGAGCACCUACGGAGACUGCUGAACUGGGAGGAGUUUGAUGAAGUGAGAGACUCCCGCCGAAGCAUACUGCUGGAUACCCUCUACGAAAGCAUCAUCUUUGCCGUAGGCAAAGGCUUCCCAUGGGUGGAAGUGGCCAAGGUGGUCAAGUUCACAGAAGAGCUGCUCAAGGAAACCAAAGGCUGCUCCAUCACUGAGGCUGUGACAAUCCUGGGAAACAAACUCAGAGAUUACCAGGGGCAGUUCAACACCACCCACCUGCUGGCCCUCUGCGACUACAUUCACAACACUUUCAUCCACCACUACAAACUCUAUCAGUAUGUCUUGGGCCAGGACCAGGAAGUCAACCUGACCGUCACACACCUGGAAGUGUGUGCGCCUCCCCAACCCCUCCCUCUGGCCAAGGGCAUGGACAGGGGCAUCUGGCAGCUUGAGCAGCAGGUGGCGGAGCUCAAUAUGGCUGAGGUGCAAAAACGCACCAAUAUGCUGAUCCUGAAGGAGGCGCUGCACCUGGAGCAGGAGCACAAGCUACAGAGAACGUUCUCAGAGAGGCCUGAGCAGCCCAGCCGGGUUCUGAAGAGAGAGGAGUUAGAAAAUCUCGUCAGUGAGGCCAUUCAUAUCCAGAUCGAAUGCCUGAAGGAGCUGCUUCAGUAUGAGAUACAAAUAACUUUUGAUAUUUUGGAUCUGAAACUUCAGAAGAAGACAUUGAACCUCAAUGCUCCUAUCCCUUCCCCACUUGCAAUCACUGGCCAGCCAGGCCAAGAUGAAUCUCUUAAGUUCAACAAAGCAAGCAAAGGAAAGAAAGCAAAAGCAAAGAAGAAGUAGAGAGCCCCUGGUGUCCAUUGACUGAAGACUUUGACUGAGGAAAAGCAAUUGACAAUUAUGAAAACAUGUGAUAUGCUCA